GGGGCGGGCUGCAGCUCGAACUUCCAACAUGGCGCACGCUGGCUGCGGCGGCGGCGGCGGCGGCGGUCCCACGGGCCGGGGGCUAAGCGGCGCCCGAUGGGGUCGCUCGGGCUCCGCUGGCCACGAGAAGCUGCCAGUGCACGUGGAGGACGCCCUCACCUACCUGGACCAGGUGAAGAUCCGCUUUGGCAGCGAUCCUGCCACCUACAACGGCUUCCUGGAGAUCAUGAAGGAGUUCAAAAGCCAGAGCAUUGAUACUCCUGGAGUCAUCAGACGUGUGUCACAGCUGUUCCAUGAGCACCCCGACCUCAUUGUUGGAUUCAAUGCUUUCCUUCCCCUUGGAUACAGAAUAGACAUUCCCAAGAAUGGCAAAUUAAACAUACAGUCGCCUCUGACAAACCAGGAAAAUUCACACAACCAUGGUGACUGUGCGGAGGACUUUAAGCAACAGGUGCCAUAUAAGGAAGACAAACCCCAGGUGCCCUUGGAAUCAGAUUCCGUGGAAUUCAACAACGCCAUCAGCUACGUGAAUAAGAUUAAGACCCGAUUCCUAGACCACCCGGAAAUCUAUAGGUCAUUUUUGGAGAUACUGCACACAUAUCAGAAGGAGCAGCUGAACACAAAGGGCCGGCCGUUCCGGGGCAUGUCUGAAGAGGAGGUGUUCACCGAGGUGGCCAACCUCUUCCGGGGCCAGGAGGACCUGCUAUCAGAGUUUGGACAGUUCCUGCCUGAAGCCAAGCGGUCCCUGUUCACGGGAAAUGGGCCGUGUGAAAUGAACAGUGUCCAGAAGAAUGAGCAUGAGAAAAGCCUGGAACACAACAAAAAGCGUUCCCGGCCCUCCCUCCUCCGUCCUGUGUCAGCACCGGCCAAGAAGAAAAUGAAACUCCGUGGUACCAAAGAUUUGUCCAUUGCAGCCGUGGGGAAGUACGGGACCCUGCAAGAGUUCUCCUUCUUUGACAAGGUCCGCAGGGUGCUGAAGAGCCAGGAGGUGUAUGAGAACUUCCUCCGCUGCAUCGCACUCUUCAACCAGGAGCUGGUGUCCGGCUCUGAGCUCUUGCAGCUGGUCAGCCCGUUUCUAGGGAAAUUUCCAGAACUCUUUGCACAGUUCAAGUCCUUCCUGGGAGUAAAAGAACUGUCCUUUGCACCACCCAUGAGCGACAGAUCCGGGGAUGGAAUAAGCCGAGAAAUCGACUAUGCAUCUUGCAAGCGCAUUGGAUCCAGUUACCGGGCACUCCCCAAAACCUACCAGCAGCCCAAGUGCAGUGGGAGGACAGCCAUCUGCAAGGAGGUACUGAAUGACACCUGGGUCUCCUUCCCCUCCUGGUCAGAGGACUCUACCUUCGUCAGCUCCAAGAAGACCCCCUAUGAAGAGCAGCUGCAUCGCUGUGAGGACGAGCGUUUUGAGUUAGAUGUUGUCCUGGAGACCAACCUGGCUACCAUCCGGGUCUUGGAGAGCGUGCAGAAGAAGCUCUCUCGGAUGGCACCGGAAGACCAAGAAAAGUUCCGACUUGAUGACUCUUUGGGCGGCACAUCAGAGGUGAUUCAACGGCGUGCCAUCCACCGAAUCUAUGGUGACAAGGCCCCAGAGAUCAUUGAGAGCCUCAAGAAGAACCCUGUCACCGCUGUCCCUGUCGUCCUGAAAAGGCUAAAGGCCAAGGAGGAAGAAUGGCGGGAAGCCCAGCAGGGCUUUAACAAGAUCUGGCGGGAGCAGUACGAGAAGGCAUACCUCAAGUCCCUUGACCACCAGGCUGUGAACUUCAAGCAGAAUGACACCAAGGCCCUGCGCUCCAAGAGUUUGCUCAAUGAGAUCGAGAGUGUCUAUGAUGAGCACCAGGAGCAGCACUCAGAGGGCCGGAGCGCCCCCUCCAGUGAGCCGCACCUCAUCUUUGUGUACGAGGAUCGGCAGAUCCUAGAGGAUGCAGCAGCCCUCAUCAGCUACUAUGUGAAGCGACAGCCGGCCAUCCAGAAGGAGGACCAGGGUACCAUCCACCAGCUGCUGCACCAGUUUGUGCCCAGCCUCUUCUUCUCCCAGCAGCUGGACCUGGGUGCAUCUGAGGAGUCAGCCGAUGAAGACCGGGACAGCCCCCAGGGGCAGGGCGCAGACCCUGGAGAGCGGAAAAAGCCAGUGCCUGGGCCACAGAGCAGUCCCCCAGAGGAGAAGGGGGCUUUGGGGGAUGUGCCAGCUGCUGAGCAGCCUCCACCACCACCACCGCUGCCACCGCACAAGCCCCUGGACGAUGUCUAUAGCCUUUUCUUUGCCAACAACAACUGGUACUUCUUCCUGCGGCUGCACCAGACCCUGUGCUCAAGGCUGCUGAAGAUCUACCGCCAGGCACAGAAGCAGCUCCUGGAGUAUCGGACCGAGAAGGAGCGGGAGAAGCUGCUCUGUGAGGGCCGCAGGGAGAAGGGCAGUGACCCCGCCAUGGAGCUGCGACUGAAGCAGCCCAGUGAGGUGGAGCUGGAGGAGUAUUACCCAGCCUUCCUGGACAUGGUGCGCAGCCUGCUGGAGGGCAGCAUCGACCCCACCCAGUACGAGGACACCUUGCGGGAGAUGUUCACCAUCCAUGCCUACAUCGGCUUCACCAUGGACAAGCUGGUGCAGAACAUUGCACGGCAGCUGCACCACCUCGUGAGUGAUGACAUCUGCCUGAAGGUAGUGGAGCUCUACCUGAACGAGAAGAAGCGGGGGGCUGCUGGCGGGAACCUGUCCUCUCGCUGCGUCCGCGCUGCCAGGGAAACCAGCUACCAGUGGAAGGCUGAGCGGUGCAUGGCCGACGAGAACUGCUUCAAGGUGAUGUUUCUCCAGCGCAAAGGGCAGGUGAUCAUGACCAUUGAGCUCCUAGACACCGAGGAGGCCCAAACAGAGGACCCUGUGGAAGUCCAGCACCUGGCCCGGUACGUGGAGCAGUAUGUGGGGACUGAGGGCACAUCUAGCUCACCCACUGAGGGCUUCCUCCUGAAACCCGUGUUCCUGCAGAGGAACCUCAAGAAGUUCCGCCGCCGGUGGCAGAGUGAGCAGGCCCGGGCCCUGCGUGGGGAGGCCCGGAGCUCCUGGAAGCGAUUGGUGGGGGUGGAGAGUGCAUGUGACGUGGACUGCCGCUUCAAGCUCAGCACGCACAAGAUGGUGUUCAUCGUCAACUCCGAGGACUAUAUGUAUCGCCGUGGCACCCUCUGCCGUGCCAAGCAGGUACAGCCGCUGGUGCUGCUCCGCCACCACCAGCACUUUGAGGAGUGGCACAGCCGCUGGCUAGAGGACAACGUGACGGUGGAGGCAGCCGGCCUGGUGCAGGACUGGCUGAUGGGUGAAGAGGACGAGGACAUGGUGCCCUGCAAGACGCUCUGUGAGACGGUGCACGUGCACGGCCUGCCCGUGACCCGCUACCGUGUGCAGUACAGCCGUCGCCCAGCCUCACCCUGACCCACCCGCACCUCAGAGGGCACCCACCUGCCCUGGCUUGAGUCCCGUUGAAUGUGUUUUCAUGAAUAAGCUGAGGGGGCGUCUCCUGGCCCUGCUGCUGUGGGACAGCACUCCAGAGCAGGGCACCACCUCCCCUCAGUGCCUCAGCUUCUCAUGGCCCUGUUGAGUGCCAAACCUGAGCCCCCACCUCCUAGGGGUUAGCGCCCACUACAGGGGCUCAGUGAAUGCACUGGCCAAGGAACAAGCAACAUUUGUGCACAUGCCUUGGCCCCUCUGUCAUGUGCCAAAUCCCCAGCAGGCAGGCGGCACUACUGGUCCUGUGUUCAUAGAUGUCCUGGAAAAGUUGAAGGUGAAGAGCCUGUCAAGACACCCUUAGGGGAGGGGUCGGCAUCUGAGAGACCCUGAGGAGGAAGGAGUCAGGUUCUGGGUGGACCUGAGUGAGUCAGAGAGCUGCCAGAAGUGUCAGCUGAGGUUUCAGGCAUCAGCUCAGCCGAGCUGAUGCUCAGGAGGCCCUCAAUGACUUCGAAAGCAAGAUGAGCCCUUUCAGCCACACCAUCAGGGUCCCACUUUGAAGUGAAGGCCUAAGCAGGCAGGAGAUGCCUUUGGAGGCUGCCCUUUGGAUAAAAGAGAUGCCAAACCCCAUGUUGAUCCAGUAGCUGAAGUCUAGGCCAUGGGAGGAGGGGUCUGCUUGACCCAUGUUCCUGCCCAGCUUGUAUGGCUCCUGCCAUAGGGUCCAGAGACUCAGUCAUGUACCCAGGUGGAUGUCCUAGAGAGAGGGAUGUAUGUGCACAUGCACACACACAUUUAUUCCUUUACGCUCUUAGUGGUAUAACUUCUGCAAACAGCCAGGUCCCGGGGCUUUUUGGGUGUGAGAUCUCUCUUUUGUGGAACUCUGAAUGCCACCCUGACACCCCUGUUCCUGCAGCUGCCCCCCAGGGAGCCAAGUGUCCUCCCUGCCAUCCCAGGACCCACAUAGCCAGUACAGCCUCUCUGUGGAUCAUUUUGUCCGUUUGUGAGGGGCUGAUGCAACUAUCCCAUAAAGGCUUUCUAUGCCAAGAACUCUAAGCAAUUGGGACUAUAGCUGCCCAAAUCCC